AAACAAAAACCAAAACAAAAACUGUACCACACAGACAGACACAAAACUAAAUAUUUUUGCUCACUCAAAAACUAAACCAUGGCAACAUCUUCCAUCACUUUCCCAUCUUCUUCAUCAUCGUCAAGUCAACCACAAUAUCUAUCCAUUUCCAAACCAUCACAACAUCUUUCUAUUUCCGGUAACCUCUCAUUUCACCAACCAAACCCCACUUUCCAUCUUCAAGCUACUCGCCGUCCCACCAAUUUCCCUCCUCAGGAAAGUGAGAAUCCGGCGGUGGGUUCGAGGAAUUGGAACCGGAAUAUUACUUUUAAUGAUUACGAUGAUGAUGACGACGAUGAAGAUGAUGACGAGGAAGAAGAAGAAGAUGACAGGAGUUUGGAUUUGUUGAUUAAGUUUGUUGAAAAUGUUUUUAAGAGGGUUUCGAAACGAGCUCGGAAAGCUGUUCGAUCCGUUUUGCCUAUCAAUAUUCCUACUAAAUUGGUCGGAUUCUCUGUUAAUGGAGUUCUAAUUCUGGCAUUCUUUUGGAUUUUAAAGGCUUUCCUUGAGGUAGUUUGUACUCUUGGAAGUGUAGUUUUUGUGAGCAUAUUACUGGUCCGUGGGGUAUGGACUGGAAUAUCUUACUUUCAAGAUGGUCGUUAUCGAAGGACAAAUGAUUAUGACGGUGAUAAUCAGGCGUGGACUGGAACCCAGCCAACUUGAAUCAUGCGUCAGAAUGUAGCUGCAAGUCGACACUCUGACAUUCAGUAAUCUACACUGAUUAUAUUAUCAACCCAAAAUUAAUCCUUAAAGAAAAUAAGCUAUCAUCUUCCAGAUUUCUGAUGAUUAUGAUACAUACAAUCAUAUGACCUUCUCCUUUGCUUGAAUGAGCCUUGAUUAGGUAGAAAUAGUGAAUACGAGAUAUAUCUUUAUUCUUAUAUGAAUUUAUACACAAACACACGUGUCAAUCUCUGUUAACGUAUAGGAGGCCUUCUCCUUUGUUACGAUGAGCUUCAUGUGGCCUGCUAAUCUUUCAUCCAGUGGCAUGUAGAUCUAAUACAUAAACCAUUUUAAACA